AGAGAAUAAUGUCCGCUGAAGGCAAGGCGAACGACUUCCUGGCGCAGGGCGAGAAGGCGCUGAAGAAAUCUUCGUUCUUCUCUUUUGGCUCGAGCUCGCAGCGAAACGAAGACGCCAGUGACCUUUUUGAGAAGGCCGGCAACCAGUUCAAGAUCGCUAAGAACUGGCAAAAGGCUGCCGAAGCAUAUGAGAGAUGUGCACGCUGCCAGUCGCGUUUGAAUGAGAACUCUCGUGCUGCCCAGUUCUACCAGCAAGCAGCGGAGGCUCUGGCCAAAGUGAACCCUAUGGAUGCCAUGGUGCAUUUUAAGACGGCUAUCUCGAUGCUGUGCGAUGCCGGUCGCUUCUCGAACGCUGCUAAGCUGCAGAAGCAGAUUGGUGAGAUCUACGAGCAGCAAGACAACAAGGAGGAAGCGCUCGAAGCGUACCGGCAGGCUGCCGACUAUUUCUCUGGAGAGAACCAGUCGUCUUCGGCAAAUAACAUGAUGCUCAAGGUGGCGCAGUUCUCGGCAGAGCUGGAAAAGUACGACGCGGCAUUGGAGAUCUACGAGAGCAUCGCGAAAACUUCGAUGGAGUCGAAUUUGCUUAAGUUUAAUGCCAAAAACCACCUGCUUAAUGCUGGUAUCUGCGCGCUGGCCACCAAGGACACGGUGCUCGUGCAGAUGAAGUGGGAGGAGUUCCAGGAUAUCGACUAUACUUUCGCAGACAGCCGUGAAGGCAAGUUCUUGCAGGCCAUGAACCAGAGUUACGAGGCUUUCAAUGCUGAUGCAUUCGCUGAUGCCGUGUUCCAGUUCGACACGAUCUCCAAGAUCGAGCCGUGGAAAAUCACGUUGCUAUUGCGCAUCAAGGAGGGCAUCGUUGGCGAGGUCGAUGUCGCCCAGGACUUGACUUAAACAUUCGACGAGGUUGCUACCCUGGGCUUUGUAGAUUUGAGCCAGCAUCGCUUUGCAUUUUUCGGUUGACUGGUGCGUGGUCAAUAAUACAGACACGGGUUUGAUACGUCUAA